CCAUGACUUUAAGAUAAUAAUAUACUAAGCAAUCUUUUCAUCUUUAGAAAAAUGAUCAAUUAUCAUCCUAUCGUGAUGAGAAUGACAAAGAAAAUUUUCAAGAUGAAAUUUAUAUUAUUAUCUUAAAGUCAUGGGAUGGUAAAAAUUUAUUGACAGUUAGUGGUCGAGAUAUUGGGGACUACGCUAGAAAAUUACUCGAUAUUUUAUUUACAACACAAGAAUUACAAUCCAGUAUUCUGCCAUCACAAGCUGCACACUUGUAUCAAAAAGAAGUUUUGGAUGAGGAUCGUUUCAAAAUUCUAAAUGGUAAGUGAAAAAUAUAUAUAACCAUCAACAAGGUCGAUUUAGUAAGCAGUUAUAAACAUUAUAACCUAAUUUUUCUUUAAAAAAAAUAUAUUUUUUCUC